GUUUGAAGUUUCAAUUUCAUUUUCAAAUAUAAUAAAAAUGGCUGACUCGGGACCCAGUAAAAACGAUAUUGAAGCAGUUUUUCAAAGAUUACGUGCUAUUCCAGCUAAUAAAGUCUGUUUUGACUGCAACGCGAAAAAUCCUACGUGGUCCUCUGUGACGUACGGUGUUUUCAUAUGUUUGGACUGUUCGGCGGUCCACCGGAGUCUCGGAGUCCACCUCACAUUUGUGCGCUCAACCCAACUCGAUACUAAUUGGACAUGGAAGCAAUUAAGGAACAUGCAACUAGGAGGAAACGUCAACGCGACUCAGUUUUUCCGGACCAAUGGCUUGGUGACAGAGGACGCACGGCAAAAGUAUAGCUCCCGAGUUGCUCAGCUGUAUCGUGAUAAACUGAGUGCCUUAUCAGAGCAAGCCAUGAAAACAUAUGGAACGAAACUGUACCUAGACCCAGCACCUGUGGAAGCCAAGGAGACAAAGGAGUCUGAGGUAGACUGGUUUGCAGAGCAUGGCACCUUCUCAGACACUAACGCUAAUGAUAUUGCUCCUCAGAUAAAUAAUAUGACCUUGGAAAACCUCAGCUCAGAUGCACGUUUGUGGGGAACAUCGACCAAUGACCAGAAGACUGUGACAAAACCUGCUCCACGUCGCUCCACUCUGGGGGCUCGUAAAGGGGGUCUCGGAGCCACAAAAGUUGUAGCCAACUUCGACGAUAUUGAGAGGGAAGCUAAGAUGGCUGAGAAACUUAAAGCUGAGGCUGCGACGUCGACGUCGGCGGCGGCGGCGGCGGCGGGCGGCGGCGACGCGGCGACGCUGGAGCGUGUGGAGCGCGAGGCGGCAUCUUUGCGUCUCGCUGCCGGCGCUGCGCCUGCGCGAGCUAACGCCGACCGCCUAGGCAUGGCGGCCGCGCGCCCCGCCCGCGCACAACAAUCGCAGAGGGGCGUGUCGCACUCGGCGGCGGCGGACAUGGCCGCCAUCGAGCAGGAGGGCGCGACGCCGCCCGCCGACGACGUCGACGACUUCAACAACGUAUUCGUCAUGAUUCGCAACGAGCCGUACGGGAGCAGCAAGGGGCUGGAGUCGCUGCUGAACGAGUCCACCACGCGCAAGGACACGUGGGAGAGCAUCGUGCCCGAGUCGCCGCGCGCCGUCCGCUCCAUGUUCGCCGAGCCGCCGCCCGAGCCCCGCGCCGCUCCCGCCGCCCGCGCGCCUUCCGCCGCGCGCCGCCCGACUCGAAACGCGACCGAGCCCGAAGACGACUCGGCCGUCAAAAAGUUCGGCUCGGCUAGGGCGAUCAGCUCGGCGCAGUUCUUCGGCGAGCAGGAGAACAGCUGGGAGCGCGAUGCGAACCUGUCGCGGUUUUCGGGAAGCUCGAGCAUUUCGUCGGCGGAGCUGUUCGGCGGGGGCGCGACGGGCGGAGGGAGCGGGGCGGGCGGGGGGCGGGGCGCGCGCGCCUACGUGUCGGCGCCCGACCUGGACGACGUGCGCGAAAGCGUGCGCGCGGGCGUGACGCGCGUGGCGGGCAGGCUGUCCUCGCUCGCCAACGGCGUCGUGUCGUCGCUGCAGGAGCGCUACGGCUACUGAACCGGCCGAGAUGACGCCGCCGCAGUCCCCGCGUAGCUCAGACCGGAGCUCCGCCGCGUGCGUGAACGUGCGAGUAUGUGCGAGCGCGGUAACCGGUGCGGAGUAAACUGUAGUAGAUUUAUAUUAAUUUUUAAUAGCAUGUAUCUGUAUAUUAUAACAUACAAAUAAAUAACGAACCCCGUACUAGUA